AUUCUUAGAUACCAAAAUCAUGUCUAUUAAGUCUUCUGUCACUCUUUUAGCCAAGUUGUACCAUCUUGUUUCUUGGCUAGUGAAUGCUUCCAGCCUUCUUCCUUCAGCUCCUCAAAGUGGUUAGCAUCUGGCCAGGGUUAUGGGGAAUAUGAGGGGAAAGAAGUAAGGGGGAGGUUGAAGGUCUGCAAGUCUCUUAAUAUUCUGCUCUCUGUAUGUGUUUUCUUCAGUCUCACAGCUUGGGGUCCUUUCGAAGCUCAGAUAACCUCAUCUUGAGAUUGUGCCAUUUGGUUUUCUUCCUCUGACCUUAUUAAGAGUCACUUGGAAUUAUAAUUCAAGGAAGCUAUGCCUCAGCUCAGCUUGGGGUUCACCUUCAAGGACUGGCUCUAAGGAAAUGUUCAGCCCAUAGAACUCACUCGGAGAAGCACUUACAUCUCACCCUACUCCUGACUCCCUAAGCCAGCUAAUCCUGAGCUUUUCUUCUUCCAAAUUCUUGACUUUUAAGAAACGUAUUCUCACUAAUUUCAGCUAGUCUUUUAAUUUCAGUUCCCUCAACAAAGAGGAGUUUAAGAACACAUUCAUAGUCCCAAACUGAGGAACGUUUUGUUCAGGAUGAGAGAUUGCCAUGCUAGACUUUCUCUUGUUCUCUAGCUCAGAAUAUCCAGGGAAUGGUUAAAUUAGAAGUAAUUUAUCUCAUCCAAAUGUGAGUUAACUCCGUUUCUUUUUAGCCGUUGGGAUAGGUGCUUUGUGUUGUGUUUGGAACUUAGAAUUAAUGCUGUGGAAGGUUGGCACUGUUUCAGGAAUAUUAUGGCUUAAACAGAUGCUUGAGGUCUAACCUGGGAACCUAACCACUGGGACGACAUGCCAACUGCCAAGCAACUAGCUGACAUUGGCUACAAGACUUUCUCCACCUCCAUGAUGCUGCUUACUGUGUAUGGGGGCUACCUCUGCAGUGUUCGAGCCUACCACUUUUUCCAGCGGCGCAGCUCCCGGCGCCAGGCUGCGGAAGAACAGAAGACCUCAGGAGUCCUGUAGAACUGGGAGUCCUGUAGAACUGGGGGGCUCUUUUCCUUGACCAGAGGCCUGAGGCAUGCUGUGGAAAGAGCUCACCUACAAUCAUCCAAAUCAAGAGAACCAGGGCCUUAAUGGUUUUCAAGUCCUGCUGGGGAUAAGUGCCCAUGUUUUCUCUGGAACUGCCAGUUUAAGGAGGCUAUCAAAUCGUAACAGGAAUUGGGGCAGGGGGAGGCACAUGCACAGACAUUAAAUAUUUUGUCAUGUG